AUGGCCCCAACUCUUAAGAAAUUAGUGACUCAUCAGACCGCCCGUUUCGAAACUUUAAGAAGAACAAUCGCGCGCAGAAAAGAGGCGUCUCAACAAAGGCCGCUUUCAAUCCCCGUUCUCCAAUCCAGACUAGACCAAUUACAAACUUAUUGGAAGGAAGCCCAUGACGCACACGUGGAUAUCUUGGGAAUGCCAGAAUGCGAAACUGAUCCUUACGUCGCUGAAAGUCGAUUCGAACAAAUGGAGAUUGAAUGCGAGGCCGAAAACGACGAAUUAGCUUCAAUUUUACACGAUCUCACAACAGUGCCAACCUCUCAACCGCCUCCAUCUGGACCACUAUCGAGUAAACUUCGACUGCCGAAAGCUACCCCACCUCAAUUUUCUCGUAAAUACGAAGAUUGGGGAAAUUUCGCCGACCUGUUUCUCUCUAUGAUCGAUGAGUAUCAAACGCUUCCUAAUGUUGUAAAAUUGCAGUACCUAAAGCAGUGUCUGACUGAAGAAGCUGCCGACUUUGUGAAGGACGUAAAGGUGGAAGAAGCAAACUACAAACCCACUUGGGAAUCCCUGAAAAGAAGAUAUUGCAACGUGCGCCUCCUCAUGCACACGCAUUUUAACACCCUUUACGCACUGCCUAAAAUACAAAAGGAAUCUGUAGCUGACCUCAAGACAUUAAUUGACAAAACACGACAAGCCGUGCGUUCGUUGAAAAACAUCGGAAGGGAUAUAGUUGGUGACUGGCUCGUAUAUCACACAGUAGAACGGUUGGACCCCGCUUCACGACGUCAAUGGGAAGAUCAACUCAGCACGCGAAGUUCACAAUCCUCCAAUCUGGAAAGGAACAACCUGGAAGCAGAUCAAUACCCCAGCUUCGAUGAACUGGCGAGGUUUAUUGAUGAUCGAAUCAUUACCCUUAAUAUGACGGACUCCCAGUGCUCCACCUCUACUUCAACUUCUAUCCCCUCCCCAGCUAGCUCUAAAACCAAUCACGGACAGAAGUCUGUCAGGAAGACUUUUCACAACCUCACAAAGAGUGGAUCUCAAAACCGGAAAUGUCCAAAAUGUUCUGCUGAGCAUUAUAUAGGUCGCUGUCCGACUUUCAAGAAUUUGAGCUCGCUGGAACGUCGCAACGAAGCGAGACGUCUCAAACUCUGCUUCAAUUGCCUAGGAAGUCAUCAAAUCAGAGACUGUAAAUCCAAAGGUCGCUGCCUCGAGUGCACCCAGCAUCAUCACACCUUGCUUCAUAAGUCUAACAAUGAUCAAACCAACGAGAAGAGAACACAAACUUCUGCCCCUAGCUCUGCUACGUCUGUGCAAGCCAAUACUACUUCUGUUUCCAAGACAACCAGGCCAAUUCUUUUGGCGACAGCUUGCGCGAUUCUCGAAGGACCAAAAGGAAAAAUGAAAGCUCGGGCAAUGCUGGACCAAGGAUCUGAAGUAUCUUUCAUCUCACAAGAAAUAGUCAGUAAAUUAGGACUACAAUGCUAUCCAGCAAACGUUACUAUUCUCGGACUUGGAAACCACAAAGUAGGAGAAACGAAAACAAUUGCCAUCCUGACGUUGAAAUCCAUGAUCGACCCCAACUUUCAUGUCGAGUUUCAGGCAUAUGUGAUCCAGAAACUGACGACAAAACUUCCAACUCGAAGUAUAGUUGAAAUCGACCUGGGUUGCCUCGGAGAGGAUUCAUUGGCUGACCCAUACUAUUACCAGCCAGGGUCAGUUCAACUCAUAAUUGGGGCAGAUUUCUAUGGGCAACUAUUAUUACCUGGACUUUACCAGAUCGAAGGCUCGCAAGCUACAGCUCAAAUGACAGCGUUGGGAUGGGUCAUCUCAGGGCCUGUCCAAAGUGAGCCAGCACGGCGGGCGGAGUCACCCACGUCAAGAACGGUUUCAGCAAUGCACUGUACGCCAGUAGACGAUCUUCAAGAUCAGCUUCAACGCUUCUGGGAAAUGGAAAGUUUGCCAAACAAUCAACUGACUAAGCCAGACGACGAAUAUUGUGAAACGCAUUUUGUCAACACACAUAAACGCACUCCUCUAGGACAAUAUCUCGUUUGUCUUCCAAAGAAAACUGAACUUCCCGCCGCCGCAGCCGAGACUCGCAACCUAGCUUUACGCAGCUUGUACGCAACGGAACGCCGAUUUAAUCUAGACGACAAGCUAGCUAAAGAAUACCUCGAUUUCAUGGAAAAAUACAAAUCUGAUGGACACAUGGAACUCAUCCCAAAAGACGAAUUGAACAAUCCAAAAGCCUGGUACAUUCCACAUCAUGCAGUGAUUAAGCAAAUAAAUAACCUAGAUUGGAAACUUCGAGUGGUCUUUAAUGCAUCUCGUUUGACUUCGCUAAAGUUAUGCCUGAAUGAUUUUCUGCAUGCCGGACCUGCAUUACAAAAAGACAUUGGCCUUAUUCUUCUGAACUGGCGAAGUCCUGAGAGUCCAAUCGACGAAUAUAGACUCUGCACAGUCACAUACGGUACGGCAUGCGCUCCGUACCUUGCCAUCCGCACGCUCAAACAACUAGUAAUCGACGAAGGCGCUCUAUUCCCCCUUGGAGCCGAAUGCCUACAAGAAAAUACAUACGUAGACGACAUCUUCGACGGUGGCGAUGACGUCCUUCAAGCCGCAAAGAAACGAAACCAGGUGAUCAAUUUAUGUGCAAAGGGCAACCUCAAAUUGGAUAAAUGGGCAACGAAUCACCCUGAACUCCUCCCCUUUUCUUGUGAAUCACCGUCAUGUAAGACUAUCGACCAGCUUUCAAUUUUCAAGACGUUGGGGAUUCUUUGGAACUCGAAUGCUGACCACUUCGAGUUCAAGUUCGUUCAAGAAACGUUUAUUCCUGAAAAUAUCUCGAAAAGAACGAUUGCUUCUUGCAUCGCCAAAUUGUACGACCCCUUAGGUUGGCUGUCCCCAAUUACAGUUGCUGCCAAAAUCAUGCUCCAAGACAUUUGGAUUCUAAGAGUUGAUUGGGAUGCUGAACUCCCAACCAACAUACAGAAGCGCUGGACGCACUAUUACGAAUCUCUAACCACACUAUCAAACGUUAAGAUCCCACGCUGGCUGAGAACAUUCUCAAACUCUCAGUUCGAACUUCACGGCUUCUCCGACGCAUCCUCACGAGCCUAUGCUGCCGCAGUAUACUUGAGAGUCAUUAAGUACCAGGGAAUCGCCCAGGUUACUCUCCUCGCAGCUAAGUCCAAAGUCAGUCCAAUAAAAACUGUUUCUAUACCUAACCUAGAACUUUGCGGAGCUGUUCUCCUAACGAGAUUAUUACGGUACGUCAGAAGGUUGACUCACCUUAAGAACGCGACAGUAACAGCUUGGUGCGACAGUCAAGUAACACUUGCCUGGCUAAAUCAGCAUCCAUCAAGAUGGAAGACUUUCGUGGCUAACCGUGUUUCAUAUAUUCAAACCGAACUCCCUUCGGCAGUUUGGCGACACGUGUCUAGUCACGACAAUCCGGCAGAUCUAGCCACAAGAGGUAUUAGCCCAGAAACCCUCCAUGACAGCCGUCUCUGGUGGAACGGUCCACAGUGGCUGUCCCUACCACUCGACAAAUGGCCUUCUCAAUCCCAAGAGUCUGAAAUCGAGAGCACCGAGAUUCAAUCAUUCCUCGCAGUUCGACCAGAAGUCGACGACGAAAUACUUUCAAGAUUCUCCUCUCUAAAGAGACUGUUUCGAGUGGUAGCUUACUGUCUCCGAAUCUGCAGAAUUUUCAAAGGAAAUGGAUUGAAAGACUCGCCAGAGGAUACUUCUCUCUCAGUCGCAGAAUUGGCAUCAUCCAAAAGUAAGGUCCUAGUAAUAGCACAAACAAGAGCUUUUGCAGAGGAUAUAGCUACACUCAGAAGGGAAAAAUGCGUUCCCAAAAGUAGUGUUAUCCGAAAUCUCAAUCCUUUUCUCGACGAAGAGGGCGUGCUUCGCGUUGGAGGACGCUUAACUCACUCUUCCUUAGCUUUCUCAAAGAAACAUCCACCAAUCCUGCCAAAAGACUCACCUCUAGCCCCUCUUUAUGUAGACUUAGCGCAUAAAGUUUCAUGCCACGGAGGACCAAAGUUGACACUGAGCAUUCUUAGAAACUUAGUGUGGGUGAUUGGUGCAUCCUCACUGGUUCGCAAACUAGUUCGCAAGUGCGCGCUAUGUCACCGAGUAAAACCUCGCUUCCCGACACAAUUGAUGGGGGAUCUUCCACCCCCCAGAAUCGAGCCAGCCCGACCGUUCACAAACUCGGGCCUCGAUUACGCUGGGCCAUUUCACUUGCGGACCACCAAGGGACGAGGCUUUAAAUCCUACAAAGGUUACAUCGUCAUAUUUAUCUGUUUCGCAACGAAGGCGAUUCAUCUAGAAGCAGUAAGCGACAUGACGACCGCAUCCUUCAUGGCUGCCUUUCGCAGAUUUACAGGAAGAAGAGGUUUGUGUCGACAAAUCUUCAGCGACAACGGAACGACUUUCCAAGGAGCCGACAGAGAGCUGCGAUCCAUGUUUAAAAGAGGAUCUGCCUUUUAUUCCGAAACCGCAGCCACACUAGCAAAUGAUGGAACCGAAUGGCGUUUCAUCCCUCCAAAUUCACCUCACUUCGGCGGACUAUGGGAGGCCGGGGUGAAGUCAGCAAAACACCAUCUAACUAGAAUGAUGUUCUCUCGCAAAUUUACCUUUGAAGAAUUCAGCACUCUCCUAGUCGAGAUUGAGGCCUGCUUAAACUCCAGACCCCUGUGCGCCAUGUCUACGGAUCCAGAAGAACUCAACGCCUUAACGCCAGCGCACUUCCUCAUCGGAAGUACAUUGUCGAUGCUCACUGAUGAAGAACCACCGAAUAUACCAGAAAAUCGACUGAACCGUCAUCAACUCCUACAAAAAAUCAGAAACCAUUUUUGGAAAAAGUGGUCCAGCGAGUAUCUUCAAUCAUUACAAGCUCGAGGAAAAUGGCAGCAAACCUCGGAAAAUCUCUCAGUUGGACAAUUAGUGCUAAUCCGAGACGAUCGGUAUCCUCCAACCAAGUGGCCCCUAGGGAAGGUCAUCGAAGUUCAUCCAGGAUCGGAUGGAAGAGUCCGAGUGGCCACGGUCAAGACAAACCACGGCACAUAUCGUCGCUCUAUC